ACCUCAUUCAGUCAUGGACAGGGCCAGGCGGCAGCAGGCUCUGACCCUCCUCCCCAUCUGCCUGGCCUUCGCCCUCUCCCUCACCGCCGUGAGCAGCAGCUACUGGUGUGAAGGGGCACGGAAGGUCACGAAGCCGCUGUGCCUCGACCAGCUGCACGGGAAGAAUUGCAUUCACUUCAGACGGCCCAACAGCAGCUAUGGCACCAAGGACGAGAGCCAGGUGGUCCUGUACAUUUGGGAAAUAGGGGACGAUAAAUUCAUCCAGCGCCGGCUCCACGUGGGGCUCUGGGAAUCCUGUGAGGAGAACCUCAACAGCACAGGUGAACGGUGUAGGAGUUUCCGGAGUGUAGUACCAACUGAAGAACAAGGUGUUUUAUGGCUCUGCAUUGGGGCUGAGGUCCUGGUUGUCUUUCUGAUCCUGACAAGUGCCAUCCUCCUGGGCUCCAGAAUGAGCUGUCACAGCUGUGGGUUCAACUGGCUCAAGGUGGAUGCCUCAAUAGCCAUCCUCAUGGUAUUCGCAGGGCUCCUGGGCAUGGUGUCCCACAUGAUGUAUACGACUAUUUUUCAAAUCACUGUGAACCUUGGGCCAGAAGAUUGGAGGCCUCAGACGUGGGACUAUGGCUGGUCAUAUUGCAUUCGGUGGGGNUCUUUUGCCUUGUGCAUGGCUGUGUCGGUCACGGUCAUGAGCAGAUACACCACAGCCCGCCUGGAAUGCUCAGAGAGGCAAAGGGUACAGAAGAGCCCACAGCACCCUCAGUAUGGCUUCCCAGAACCUGAGACGUCACAGCGUGUUUGGGAAACAGGAGCUGCUCCCAGUCCUGCAGGGCACGUCUUCCUGAAGGUCCCAGGCAAGGUGUCCAUGUGCUAGCCAGUGGCCUGUGGUGGCCAGAUCUGCACAUGCAGAUAAGCCAGGCAUUGUACCCUAAAUGAACAUCUCCGAGGUGGACUUCAGAAGACUAAGGUCCAGGUAACCCUGCAUUUCCCAUCCAAUGCUUCACUGAACACCUUUGGCUCCAGCCUCUCGUUCAUGUUAAAAUUCCAGUGUCUUUAAGCGAAACAAUUCUUACAGAAGAGAUCAACCAUUGACACUCUAGUAUAAAGGAGCUUUCAGCUUUGCUGACAGUGAGUUUUGUAAAGGUACCAAGGAAAGAGAGAACACACAACCACUAGGAGGAAGAGAAGACCAAGACUGAGAAUGGCAAGUCUUUACAAUGCAUGCAAAAUAUGUAGCCCACACAGAUUUAUUGACAGAAAAGCCCAGAAUGUUGUUUUUUAUUUCCCCCUUCAUUGGCAGAGAAAAUAAAACAUGU